CACAAUCCGCUACUCAAGUCGCUCAAGUCCAAUAAGAGAAAAUUUCUAAUAAUAUUAUUUUAUUACAUAUACACAAUCUCUUUACAAUAUUAUAAUAAUAAAAAUAGUGAAUCUGCAUCUGUUCGGAAUUACGGAGGAAUUUGUUCGACACAGCAAGAGGCAGCAUCAAAGUGACAUAAACAUGAUAUUUUACUAAAUUAAUAUUAAUUAACGUUCGACAAAGUUGCAAAUUUUUUUUAACGCGAACAAAAAUGAAAGUUUUUCGCAACUACAGAAAACUGUAUCACAAAUAUCUGAAUGUGGUACAAAACUUUUGUACAAAACUCAUAUCACGAGAUAUCGUUUCCAACUAUCAAUUCCUCAACUAAUUGUAGAGCAGAAGCAAAAGAAGAAGAAAUGUAACUUAUCAAAAAAACGAGACUGACCAAAUUAAGAUGUUUCUAUCAAAAUGGCUUCCAAAUGCGUGCGGAUCUCUUGGUCCUGCGCUAAUUCCUCCCGCUCAUAUCGCAAUACUUUACUACUUUUGGCAAAACUACUCACGGAACGUUGAUCGACGAUUUUGUUCAUGUUCUUGUUGGGAUACUGUCUUCAAAGGUACAUACGAAACUGGCGUUGCUUCCUACAAACAUAUGUACUUCAAUGCGACUCAAAACACAAUUAAAAUCUGGCUUCUCAUUGUUUUUGGCAUCAUUUCGUUGUACGAAUGCACCAAAUAUCUGUACGAUCUCUUACUUCAUCGUCGCGUUCGUUUUUCAAUGUUGUCGUUAUUUUUUUUGUCAAUUUUUCCGCAUUAUUACGCAUGGUGGGCCUACAUCAACUAUUACAACGACGAUUUUUACGAUCAAUGGGCGCAUCAAAUGUUCUUCACUGUCACGGAAAUCGCAUCGACGCUCGUUGUGCUGCACUUGGCGAAUCGCGAUAACGAAGUAACGUCGCGAAAAGUCCUCGCAAUCAGCGGAAUUGCCGUUUUGCAUAUCAUGGCAAGCGGUUUUGAUCAAUUUCUUGCCAAUGUCUUCGGCGGCGAAGGAUAUGCGCAUCAGGUUGUACGAGAUAUUGGAUUUAUGAUACCGGAUAUCGCACAUUUUUGCUUCCCAAUUAUGCUUUGGAGACAAAAGAGACACGAGGAACCCUUUUAUAGAGAUCGAAAUUUGCGACAAGAUGUUCUUCUUACGUUCCUGAUAAUCAUCUUUUUAUUCGUUUUUUGUUCUUUCUUGUGAGAAUCAUGAAAAUAAACAAAAAAAAAACACAUAAUCAGCCUAAAAAUUAACGACAUAUUAAUUAUUGACAUAAUCACAAAAAAAAACAAAUAUUUAGACAAUAUGUUAGUCUUGUUAGUACAAUAUUUAGUGGAAAAUGUUAA